AUGGCACCGACAUCACUCAAACUUCGAGCCGACACACUCGUCCCUCAAUCCUACGCUCACCAAGGCUCAUCCCUCACCCCCGGCGCCGUGGCCGGCGUGGUCCUCGGAUCGGUGGCCGGCGUCAUCCUCAUCCUAGUGAUACUAUACUCCUGCCUCGGCUUCGGCCCGCGCGUCAUGUCCUCCGAACCCUCGGGGGCCUUCGUCCGUCGUCGUCAUGGCAGCCACGGCAGUCACCACCACCACCACAACCAGAGUCACCACCAUACCAGCGACAAGUACAAGUACAAGUAUAAGCGGACCAAGCACGGGCGUCGGUCGUCCGGUGCCUCACAUCAUCACCGACGCAGCGGAAGCGGUGCCGGUCCGAGGAUCGUCAGGGAGACGGUCAAUGUCCGCACGCAGGAUAGACGAUCGGCCGAUGGUGGUAGGCCGCGCGGAGGGGGUGCGCCGGACCCCAUCUAUGUUAGGAGACCCGGUGGUGAUUCGGUCGACGAUGAUGACGAUGAGGUUGUCGUCAUUGAGGAUCAUGGUCCUAGGAGGCCUAGGAGGUGA